AUGGCCUCUCGAAAACUCGUAAGCUUGCCCUAUCCGAAAAUUCUGUCCCGAUCUCUCGAACCGCUGUGGUACCGUCCGGAGCAACCAUGCCUUCCUUUCCCAUGUCCGCCACCGUAUGAACCGCACGUGCUAGCUCCACCAUCGUCGCUACCGCCUCCGCUCGUGCUAGCUCCACCUCUGCCACCGGGCUUGCCAUUCUUAUUUCCGGUGCUGCCACCGCCUCCAUCUUCAUCUCAUCAUAUGUCCCCGUGGCUGGUGGUCGCCCUUGUUCUGUUGGGCCUCCUCCUACUUGUAGUAGCCUCGGCUACCGCAAUACGCUAUUGCUUGCGGGCGAAGAGACAGAGGGAGGAGGCAGCAGCAGCCGAAGAAGAAGCGAUGCAACAAUCGACCAAUGUUUCGGGUGAGCUUCGGCGGUCCGAGCUAAGGUCGGCUCCCCCGCCAUAUCCAAGGCAAUCCAUCCGUGCCGGGACUAGGGGAUCCUUAAAGAAUUACAUGCAAAUAGUCUUGGCGCUAGGAGAUUAGAUGCGGUAGAGACCGUGUCCAAUCCAUGAACAUACUUCUCGGUUCUCAGGCAUGUGUAAGCAAUAGGAAAUCAAUUUUACAAUGAGGUAAUAGAAU